AUGGCCAGUGAUUCGGGGCCAAUGAUUAGCGCUCAAGCUGGUGGACACGAGGUGGCCAAUAUCUGUACAAUCCUUGGACAGUGGCGCAACGAUGACCGGAGUGGAUGGGUUAAUUCUAGGUUCAGAAAAAGUGAGACAAAAUGUUUGAUUGACUUUGUUGUUCACGAAGGCAGGCUGAAGAAAGCCUUCGCGACUGUCAGUAAUGUUUACAAGCCGUGCGCAGUGGAAGGCCUUUCACCUUGUUUCACGCCCGGACGCACUGCCUCAGGACAGGGGCCUAGCCCAUAUUCUCGCUUUCCCCGUGUUGCGAGGCCCCCACUCAUUCCCCCUUUCCUGGCACUCACUCACUCAUCUCCCCCGUCUAUCUCGCCACGCAAGCCGGAAGAGGCUGACUUAAGUGUCCCCUCCUAUCCCUUCUCUGUGCAAGGCACGCAAUUCCGCUUGAUGUGGGCUCUACCAUGCUUUCUGGAGCGGAAACACUGUAUGGCUGAGGUGCUAAAGCAGACCACCAACAUGCCUCAAGGUGAGAAUACGCAACAAUUCACUAGCGACAUCAUGUCGAGCCACCACAACAUUGCAGAUAGACCCUCGCCCAGCUGGUACCACAAGGAGAAGACUUACAUCGAUGGGAACAAUCGACAAGAGAGAAGUUGUGGACCUCUACCAGCCAACGCGAACUUAGGGCUACCCAGUUGCUCGCCCAUACUAGAGGCAAUCAUCUGGCCCGUAUGUGCUUUUCCAAUGCUGCAGAUGUCAAACCGCGACAGUGGCAUAGGGCACGAUCCAGCCACUGUCAAGAGUCUGCUCAUCUGCGGUGCCACCGGUUCGACCGAUGAUCCAUUGGCAAGAGUGGUGAUCUGUACAGAUCUUGCUCGGUAG